GCUCUCAUCCGCGGCACAGCUGUUUUCAUGCUGACCAGAUGACUUCCAAGACUUCCAUGUUUGCUGACUGGUGCAGUCGCAUUAUCUGAUGUCUGUGCCAGAGUCUGAGUUGCUUUCACUGACUUUGCUGGAUUCUCCCACGUGCUGCUUGAACAUUCAUCCCUUCAUUCUUAGCAGGUCUUCCUAGUGUUUUUCCACUCACUCGACAUGGACAGUGAGGAUUCAGACAAGGUCCAGAUCGGCGAAAACAAAUUUGUUAGCAAGAGCAUUCUUCUCUCACAGCUCAACACAUACAACCUUUAUUACAAAGGAGAAGCUCUCCAGUUGAGACACAGAGAGGAGGAAGGAGAGUUGAUCAUUGAGGGUUUGCUCAAUGUUUUCUGGGGCGUACAGCGGCCAAUCAGACUGCAGAUGCAGGACGAGAAAGAGGCAGGCAGGCCACGCCCCUCACUAACAUCUCUGAGCGCCGAAACGGACAUCAACACACUCAAUUCUAAAAACUUAGCAGUGUUCACUGUCUACGCAUCAUAUCUGAACGACUGUGUCUGUCUCGUUGGAUUUGUAAAAGCUCGUCUGGCAGGUGAGGAGGAGCAGCAGGAGUCGACACACUCCCAUCGUCUCGCCAGGACCAAGACUGAUGUCGGCGGAAGGAGAAUCAGCGGGCGACGGCUUGGAAUCAGGAGAGUCCAGAGAAACCGAUGCUCCUUCAACGGCCACUUUUAUAACCACAAGACGGCAGUUUUUACGCCUAAGUUCGGCUCUGUGACCAACGUCCGCGUCAACAGCUGUAUGACGACAGCACAGGUCAUGCGGUUGCUGCUUAACAAGUUCAAGAUUGAGAACAGCCCGGAUGAAUUCAGCCUUUAUAUCGUCCACGCCAGUGGAGAGAGACAUCAGCUGAAGCCUAAUGACCAUCCUUUGGCGCUCAGGGUUUUGCAAGGCCCUUGUGAACAGGUCAGCAAAAUGUUCCUAAUGGAGACGGACCAGGUGGAAGAGGUCACCCAUGAUGUGGCACAAUACAUCAAGUUUGAGCUUCCGGUUUUACAAAGCUUCAUUGCUAAGCUGCAAGAGGAAGAAGAAAGAGAGAUGCAGAAACUGAAGAAGAGGUACGCAGAUAUGCGCCGUAUCAUCAAGAAAUACAUGCGGUCUUUAGCUGAUUCAACUAACGUUACAUGAUGAAGCUGUGCAGGCAUGUAUCACUCGUGAACACAAUCCUCAAAGCACCAACAGUAGUGACAAAACAGUGCUGUCUCAGGAAAAGGAACAUAUUUUUAGUUAAAUUUGGCUUUUAUUGUCUUCACGUAAUAUAUAAUAUAAUAAUACAGCAGUAUCCAAAGGUACCAUGACUUAAUCUAAAUAAGCUUCAUUGGAUAAACCUUACUUAGCCUUCUUUUUUACAAAGGAAAGCAAAUGGGUCCAAAAAUGUAGCAGUGUUUGACUUUCACUCAUGCACAAUGAUAAUAAUAAUAAGCCGUAAGAAUGGUAAUUCAAAAUUUGAUAUAAUGUAGAGCCCGUAUUGUGUGAAUAAAUAGACAA